CACGCAUGCGCGUUGUGCGCAGGAGGGCCAACGUGAGGCCCGGAAGAGACUCCGGUCCGUCGUGAGCUAGGGUUACCGCGGAAAAGAAGCCACUGCACCCCACAGCCACGUGGGGUGGGUGUGGGGCGGGGUUCGUUGGUCCAGGAGAAGGACACUAUGGACCCCCGAGGGCCAGCCCCCCAGCCUUUCCAGAGGCCUGAGAAACCUGGUCGUGUCCGCCGUCGGAAGACCAGGCGGGAGCGCAACAAGGCCCUGAUGGGCAGCCGCCGGCCAUUGACCCGUCAGGAUCCUCCUGUGACCAGUCAGGAUUCCUCUGUGGCCCCUACUGCUCCCAAGCUUGUGGUCAUAACCCAGGGCCGGCUGAGCCGGGAGCACCGGGGUCUCUUCAACCAUGAGGUGAAAUCUCUGGACGUGGCACGGCUGCUUAGCUGUGAGUCCCUGGAGCCAGGCACCCCUUCAGUGCCCACCAAAUCCUCCCCAAGCCCAAGGCGGGCCCAAGAACCGGCCCCGCAGUCAAGGGGCAAGGAGAACCAGGAGCCUAGAGGCUCUGGCCCAGGCCCACCCAGUCCCCCAGAGCUCCCUGGCUUGGGGCAGCUGCUGGAGGAGCUGCAGUGCCAGCUGAUUCUGCCACAGGCCUUCCCCAGGAGGAACCUAGUGCAAGAAGCCAGGGAUGCCAUUGUGAACACCUUACAGGCCUGCCAUGGCUGUGUGCCCGACCUCACCGUGGUGCUCCGUGGCUGCCAGCCACCCUUACCAGGGACCAAGCCUGGGGGCCCUGAAAGCCGAAGAAUGACACCCUCCUGGAUCGACAGCCCCGAGCCGGCCCCAGGGGAGGGGAGGCAGAGGAGGCAACAGAGGACAAAGGAGCUCACCUUUGCCAUGCCUCACACCUCCAGCACUCCCAUGGUGCACGGGGUGAGCCUGGCACCGCCAAAAGGUCCCUGGCCACCCCCCUUGCCCUUGUUGCCUUCGCCAUCCGGGGCAGCCUGGGGCCCCCCAACAGCCUUUGACCUGCUGAAAAGCAUCUGGCUGGUAGCCACACCGCCCCCUCCGCGGCCCUGGGGGGUCGGGCCCCAACAGCCCGUGCCUCAGCCACCAUCACCCUUGUUGCCCAGAACCUCUGCCCUGGACUGGAGCCCCAGCCCCCCUGCCCCACUGCCCAGUCUCUCCUGGGUGGUGGCCCAGAGCAGUCCAGAGGCCUGGUCCUUUCCACCCAUGAGACUGUACUGAGGGGGCUGAGGCUGGGCUGGGGGCACUCCUAAUCACCUCAAUAAAGUAC